AAUGGAUCUUACCAUUUAGGGGGAUUUCAUUUGUAAGUUAGACGAGCGGAUUAAUUUGAAACUUGAACGAACUUGUAUGUUCUCGAAAGCCCAUUGUCUCCUACACUUAUUACGGAGGGAUUAACGGGGGAAAUAUAAAAUAUAAAACCAGAAUUUAUUUGAUCUUCUGAACAGACAAAGGACCUCAAGCGUGAGUUGACAACGGGGCUGGCAAGAAAAGUAGAAGUGAUCUAAGAAUGAAGAUAAAUUUCCAAUGGAUUCUUGUUUUCAUGACAAUAGCUCUACAUCAGUCACAGUCCAGUGCCGUAAAUACUAAACACAGAAGUAGAAGGUCCAUAGCAAGCCCCGCACUAGCAAUAGCAGUUUUAGAAGACCUGACCAAGAACCUUAGAGAAAUGCAAAGCUAUUACAACGAAGCAAAACACAAGCGACAGCUUGAUGCUGGCUAUAAUAAUAGAUUCGGCGCUGCAUCUGGUGCGGGGGCCGCACUGAUAGGUCUCAAGCAUGCGAGCAACUGGAAAAAUCCCGGCAGGAAAAGGCGCUAGAUAAGAAAGCGUAGUGCCACCAUCUAUACAAAAAGAGAAAGUUGAUCUCAACUUUCUAAACCUCAAUUCACCUCAGAUUAUUUUGUGUCGAAACCAUUAUUUUGUUGAACUGAAAUACUUAUCCCGGGCCUUUAUGAACAAGGAUCUUUAGACAGGACCGAUAUGAGAUAGAA